CGGGCCCUGAGCGCCAGCGGCGGGCGCGCACCAUGAACUCGUGGGACGCGGGCCUGGCGGGGCUGCUGGUGGGCACGAUGGGCGUCUCGCUGCUGUCCAACGCGCUGGUGCUGCUCUGCCUGGUGCGCAGCGCCGACAUCCGCCGCCAGGCGCCGGCGCUCUUCACCCUGAACCUCACGUGCGGCAACCUGCUGUGCACCGUGGUCAACAUGCCGCUCACGCUGGCAGGCGUCGUGGCGCAGCGGCCGCCGGCUGGGGACCGCCUGUGCCGCCUAGCCGCCUUCCUCGACACCUUUCUGACCGCCAACUCCAUGCUCAGCAUGGCCGCGCUCAGCAUCGACCGCUGGGUGGCCGUGGUCUUCCCGCUGAGCUACCGCGCCAAGAUGCGCCUCCGCGACGCCGCGCUCAUGGUGGCCUACACGUGGCUGCACGCGCUCACCUUCCCGGCCGCCGCGCUCGCCCUGUCCUGGCUCGGCUUCCACCAGCUCUACGCGUCCUGCACGCUCUGCAGCCGGCGGCCCGACGAGCGCCUGCGCUUCGCCGUCUUCACGGGCGCCUUCCACGCGCUGAGCUUCCUGCUCUCCUUCGUCGUGCUCUGCUGCACGUACUGCAAGGUGCUCAAGGUGGCCCGCUUCCACUGCAAGCGCAUCGACGUGAUCACCAUGCAGACGCUCGUGCUGCUGGUGGACAUCCACCCCAGUGUGCGGGAACGCUGUCUGGAGGAGCAGAAGAGGAGGCGGCAGCGAGCCACCAAGAAGAUCAGCACCUUCAUAGGCACCUUCCUCGUGUGCUUUGCACCCUACGUGAUCACCAGGCUGGUGGAGCUGUCCUCUGCAGUACCCAUCAGCUCCCACUGGGGGGUGCUGUCCAAGUGCUUGGCCUACAGCAAGGCCGCGUCCGACCCCUUCGUGUACUCCUUACUGCGACACCAGUACCGCAAGAGCUGCAAAGAGAUCCUGAACAGGGUCCUCCACCGGCGAUCGCUCCGCUCCUCCGGCCUCACCGGGGACUCCCACAGCCAGAACAUUCUGCCGGUCUCCGAGUGAAGGACGUUGCUCCUCUGGAGAGCAUGGAAGGAGGCGGCUGGUGAGAAGGGAAGGGUGGGCUCGGGGCGCCCGGGUGGACACGGCCAGCCGCCACCACCUCCAAGCCUAGGGAUGCUGGACCCCCGGCUCGGGGCGGCUCUGAAGCCUGGUUCCUGGUGCCUGCAGGGCAGACGUUGAACUGCCCCUGUUUAUCACCAAAGGAUGGCCAAGGCGCGUGCUGUGUGCUCUGGCCUUUCUUUCUGAGAAGCUCCUUUGAGCUCUGAGACUCAGCAGAGACUCCCCAGGAGUCACUCCCAGUGCGGUCAUGAUCAAGGACACACAGCUGGUGGCAGGAGGGGAAGCAUGGUGUCCACCUGCUUGCUCACCCCGGGACCGUUGGGCUCCACGCUGAAAAGAAGCGGUGACCUCCGUGGGGCAUCGGUCACCCCGGGAGCGAGGUUGGCAGUGGCCAUUUGGCUCCACGUCUGGCAUGGCUACAUGCCGUGGUGGCUGCUGUAAUCCAAAUAUCAUUCAGCUGGUACUAAUUCAGUUGUGCUCAGCUGGGACCUCGGGCCCCCAAGCCCAAGGGGAAAAUGUCUAACGGCUAGUGUUACCCAGCUGUGGCUGACAAGUUGCGUUAGACAUGGUUAUAUUGGAUUCAACUUUUCUCUCUCUUCCCUCCCCCUGCCCCAAAGCUAACAUGUGUGUGUGUGUGUGUAGACAACCUUAGCAUGCAAAUGGUUUUCAAUAGGCAGGUACUACAUGUAAUAAUGUUCUUGGAAGUCUGACCCAAAGUCACCUUCUUCUGAUUCACAUGUCAUAACUAUUGGAGCCAAGGAGAGGGCAGAGGAACGUGCCUGGCAGGUCCCCCAACCCUGGUCUGUGACUUGAAUUUGCAGGAAGCAUUUCACCUUGUCUCACGUGUCUUGUCCGGCAUGUUCUUUGAGGUGAUUGGAGAAGAACAGACCUGAGCAGGUUUUUAGCCUGAUUUUAAGGCACCUGGUUCCAUCAUCCCUAGGGUUCAAUAUCUUAGUUUCUGUAGACAGUAGAGGCUUCCCAAGGUGAUCCAGAAAGUGCUCUGGGCCCAUGAUGGGAGAGUGAAUUUUUACUGAAAACCAUAACUCGGAAAACUGUGCCAGCUCACUAUCAGCCACCAUCUUGUUUUCAUCAAAACAAGGUGAGUGGACCAGGCUCUCUGCCUCUUUGUCUUUUUACCGUUUUGAGUGAUGUGUGCAUGCUAAGAGCAGUUAUUUUUCCAUCCUUCACUCUAACAAAUGACUCCUCCAGGGUGGAAAGGAUGGGAGCAAAAGGCUCAGAGGACUCAUUCUCCCCUUCCUUUUCUGGGCACAGCCUGACUUUGGAGACAUAGAAGGGAGGACUCUGUUCCACAGGGACCAGCCAGGAAGAACCUGAUGCUUUUCACUGCCGAGCGGCCCUAGUAUCGAAAAACAGCCAAGUGUGUGCAUGUUUGAAAAGAUGGCGUCUUACUAACCUUAGCUCCUCAUUUAGAAAACCAAUCACUGAGCCUGGCCUACUCUUGUCUCAUUUCUAAGUUUCCAUGGAUACCAACGUAGCCUUGGAAGCCUUGACACCUCCCCAUCGCAGCUGGAGGUAUACCCACACCUGCUUAGAGGAGCCAGUGGCACACAGCCCUUCCCAAUUCCGCGUUCUGGGACAUCACCUUGGUAGCUUGAAAUCAGCCAUGAUGAGCAUAUUUAUACCAUGAAAGUCAGCAAAGGCUACAAACCAGGCUCUUUUCUCCACUGAAAACUCAUUGCUAAACGUCUCCCAGCACAUCACUGCCCAUACAGGACUUUGUGUGCCACUGAAACAAAAUUGCUCUGGUUCAGAGCACUUUUGGCCCCUCAGGUUUGAAUCACAACAGAUACUCACUUUUGUUGUGCUUUCCUAGCAUCAAGCAGCUGUUCCCCCUUCGCUGUCCCAACCCCCAAAGCAUCAGUGAGGCUGAAGACGAGCAAAGAGCCAGGAAAAUGUGCAUCAUUGAAUCCGCCCGUCCCUCUUUCGCACAAAUACUCUUUGGGCAGUGGAGGAGUAGUGACCCAGUGGCUGAGGUCAAUAGUCAGAUUCAAACGGUCAAAUAAGUUUUUAUCAACGUCAGGUUGGAGGAAUAACUGUCAACUCCUCUUCCUGCUUGCUCUGUGCAGGCAACACAUUAUACUCCCAGAAGCAACUUGAUUCCUUUCACCUCUUCUUUAGCUAAAAAGUAAGGUCUGUCGCCUAUAAUGCCACAUAUCUUGAGAAGAGACAUUUCGUAGUUUAUACUAAACCUUAGGACUGCCAACAAACCAACAGAACCAGUUGUACUGGCAUCAUGGUGACAGUCCCCCCAAUAUGCCAGUUGAUCGGGUAUUUUCAUCAUUAUUAGGACACAGGUAUCAAGACCCAAGGAGAAGUGAGAAGGAGAUCACUUCAUUAGUGAUCAAUAUCCACCAACUCUGCUAGGAUUACCUUUAGAUAAAUGUUUAUAUUCAUCUAUAUACAGUCUAUAAAAUUUCCCCAGCUUCAUUAUUCCCAAGAGAAUUAUCUACCUCAUUUGGUAAUUUAUCAAAUGUCACAUGGAUUUCUCAGGUAAAACACGUAGGAAGGUCCAGAUCAGCAUCUCUGUGAAGGGCCUGGGAUGACUUCCUUGACAGCAGCCCAGCGGAAGGCUUGAUGUUGAAGGGCUGAGCGCUGGUGGACAGCUGGGCUCGAUGUGAAAGCGUUUCAAGAAGCUGGAGAACAGAGCCUAGAAUGGAGAGGGUCUCAAAUCCUAAACCCACAUACAGGGCUCAGUUCCUAGCCCAACAUGCUCUGAACUCUUAGGUUUAAACUCCACCCACAAUGGCUUUCUCAGUCACUCUGCAGCUCCAACUUUUCUUUAUGCUGCUUCUUGAAGGAGGGGAUUUCAGAGCCCUGGGGCCUGCUGAGGGGUGAGGGUCAUGGCUUUGGGGUUUGUGUGUCUCAUGGUCAGCUGACCUCCCAAAGACGUUUCCCUGAGAGCCUGCCUGCUUUUCUGGACAAGUCACAGCGGCGGGGGAGGAGGGGAAGUUGCCUUGACUCUUCUCACACCGACUGUACCUUCCUUCUAGGACUCAGCUCAGCCUUCUGUCACCAUGAGCAAUAAACCUCUCUCCUCCUGUUUGUGAAA